AUGAAUUCAACAUUGUACUAUGAGGUGGUCAGUCUUGAACCCACAGGUGGAAGUUCACUGAUUGUCCUAUUUGAUCCGUUGGACGUGAGUGACCACAUCAAAGACAUCAUCCAGUUUGUGGUCCUAGAAGUGCUCACAGCCGCCGUGUGUCUGCUUGGCAUGGCUAGGAAUAUCUUAAACAUUGUGCUGUUCUGUAGGCAGGGUCUUACGUCCAGUGUCAACGUCAGCUUCCUGGCCCUGUCCGUGGCAGACUUCCUAAACGUUGUGAUCACGGAGUGGGUCAGUAUCUGCUUCAAUGACCGCUUCGUGAGCCUCCAGGAGCUGACCUUCUUCCCACCAGACGUGUCGUACCUCACUGGGGGCUUCCCCCACGCCUGUCUCUCCAGAAUCACGGCCUGGAUCACAGUGUACAUGACCGCCGAGAGGUGCCUUUGCAUCGCUUUACCUUUCAAAGUGAGAGCUUUGAUCACUGUUAAAGGCACUGUUGUGAUCAUCAUCUCAAUAUCCUGCUUGACCAUGAUCCCGCUCAUACCCGAGUACUGCUUCUUCUUCCUGGACUGGACCUACUUCCCGCAGCUCAACAGAACCCUCCUGGGACUCCUCCCACGACUGGACAGGCUGGACCUAGAGGGGAUCAGCUUCCUCGUCUACACCGUCAUGAUGUUUACCUCCUUCCCUGCCAUCGUUGUCAUGACAACCGUGCUCAUCGUCCAGUUAAACAAGCUCUCUCGGUGGAGGGGCGGGGCCCAGGCGUCCAAGGACCAGGCCAAAGCUUUAGCGGUCAAAGACAAAAUGGCCGUUAGGACGGUAGUGGUCGUCGCCUGCGUCCUGAUUGUGACCUUCACGCCCACGGUGGUGUUCUCGGCCCUUAGUUUCACCAUCCCGGGCUUUCAUCUGAAAGGCAGGUACAGCAACAUCUACAUCAUCUUCGUCUCCAUCGCCUUCUUCUUCGACGCCACCAACGCCAGCGUCAACACGUUCUUGUACUACGUAAUGAACCGCAGCUUUCGAAAAACCUUCCACGCGCUCUUCUCCCUCGGCCACAAGAAGUGA